AUGCGGGGCCUUGCCCACAAUCACCGCCACGCACCUUUGAUGGGGGAGCCGAGGGGCGGCGGCUGCGCGGCCCCAGGAGCGCGAGCACCGCCCCUGCCCCGGCACUGCCCACGUUACGCAACGGGUAACGGAGCGGGCGCGCUCCGCCGCCUCUUCCUCUCCCCGGCGAAGUGCCGGCGCCGUGGGAACACUGGGGCACAGCCGCCCGAAAAGUUCAUGCCUCCCGGCCGAGAAACCGGAGCGUCUGGCAAGACCCCCGGCCACCCGGUCUCAGAGACAGAGCUGGCCCGCGUUCCGGGGCUGCCCUUUCGGCAGCCCGUGGGCCUGCGGACGGGGAAUUGCCACCGAAGCGAGCGGCCGACGCCCCCUCGAGCCUCUGGCCCAGCCCCGCCGCGGCAAGGUGACUCAGGGGACGCCCGCCUCGGCUUCGGUGAGGCCCAGAGGGCAGCACCGGGCUCCAUCCAGAAAGCGCCGCGGGACCCGAUCCCACCCGGCCCGGCACGGCCCUGGCCCCCACCGCGGCCCCGGCGCUACCUGCCGCCCGCUCUGCCUCCGGUACGGCUCUCGGCGCCCCCACCCCCGCAUGCGCGGCGCCACCCCUACGCACGCGCCCCGGCUCCGGCCCCGCCCAUCCAGACCGGCUUCCGCCGCGCGGCCCCGCUCCGCCCCGCGCGCGGUCACGGCCUGGCGGCGUCGCGGGAGCACGCGCAGGAGCGCGCUUCGGCCUUCUCCGGGCUCGGCCGCCGGUACAAAGCUGUGCUUCGGAGGGACGAAGGAUUCAGUGCCGAGCCCCGUUUGGAACAUGAGCACAGACAAACCCCUUAAGGCCACUAUAGCCCUGAAUCAAAGCAAGGAGACAGGCCCACCCAAUCUUAAGGUAAGGCUCGGCAAUUGGGACAAAACCGAACACCGACAGAAUGGUGCAGGCAGUAUUGCUGACAAAGCCCAACUGUUACUCUGCACAUAAAUAAGGUUGUCUAUGCACCCAAACAAGACUGCCCCAUUAUACAGAUUCCCUGUGACAAGGUUCACAGCUAUUGCCUCACAUGAUUACCAGACAUCUUGCAGUCUAGUACGAGUCUAGAAGAAAAGCCAGACAACUGAGAUACAGGGAGUGGAGAGAGAGAGAGAGAGAGAGAGAGAGAAAGAGAGAGAGAGAGAGCAAGCUCUCUGAAGAAGUUUUUUUUCUUUUUUUUCACAUAGAAGAAUUCACAGUAUUAUGGAGAGAGACUGCAAAGCCAACAAAUUCUGUGUCAAGGCUGAAGACUGUUGGGGUCAGAGGCACAGGAAAUGUGCCCUUAUCUGUGAUACCCGACUCUGACACCCAAGAAAGAAAAUUUCACAUAACAUCAGGGAGACAGCUGUUAAGUAGGUAAACUGGGAAUGUAAGUGUGUAAGUUAAGAGAGUUUUCUUAAGUCACUGGGUGAGAAAGUUAAAUUUUAAGGUUCAAGCUAUUUUAGAAAACGAGACAAGAUUGAGGACUUUGGGUGUUGUCCCUUUCUCCUUCUUCAUCUUCUUCUAGAGAUUUUUGGGUAAUAAUAAGUGAUUGGAUAGAAGAUGCCACAGAGUGCAGCACACAGGUGUCGGGUCAUUGGGUCACUAAGAAAAAAACUUUACUUGGCAUUUGUUAAUUGGACAAAUAGACAUAAAAGACCUUGAAGAGGUUCUUCGUUAGCCAUUUUGCACCUUUCUUAGUGUAUUAUAGCUCCUUGUACUCUAUAUAUGAAACACAGAUAAGAAAAGAAUAAACAGCCAAGUCCAAACACGAGAAGACAGCCUCUGUCUCCUUACUCUCAGUCCUGGGGAAAAGAAUCCAGUCAUCAGUGUCACAUCCUGACACAAGACAAAGUUGUUUUCUGGGCAACCUGUUGAAGAUGAUGGAGAACGCAUGAGUGUAAUGCUGUGUGCUGCCCAGGAAACAUGUAAACAUGGCAAACAUAUUAUGCUUUUUGAUCUUCUAAAAUUACAGCUAAUUAAGUAAUAAACCCCAUUACACAUUCA